GUGGGGCGGGGCGUGGGUGUCCUGGGAUCUGUACACGCGUGGGCUUCUUGUGCGGGCGGGGCGGUCUUCGAAUCGCCCGCCGACUUUGGCGUGACAGGACGAAAUUGUGUCUCGGCGUUUUAUCGGCGCUUAUCGCCCGCUUAUCGCACCGAAUUAUGAUGAUUGUUAGUUACAUUCUUAUCACCCUUUGACGUCAUGGUGUUCAUUCGAACCAACCGAUUCAAUCGUCAAUCUUGACUGUGACAGACACUCAACAAAACAGGGAACGGUAGAGUUCAUUUUCUUCAGGCAGAUAACCGGUUCCAUCGACCCGUUAUCAUCUCGGUUAGUCGUGGGAAGAGGGGCAGGGGAAGUGGGGGGGGGGGGGAAUACCCAAGUGCCAACGCCAUACCCGAUUCGCCGUAGUUAUCUGCGUGGCCUCGAGGGCAGUGUGAGUGGCACCGCGGCGACACCGAGUUGCGUGUGUUCGGAGAGGAUGUCCCGUGUGAAGUGAGGCGGAGUGAAGUCAGGACCAGAUUCCUGUGAACGUUCGGUCGCUCGUUCCACCGCUGACUUCUGACGGAGAGGGAGGCCGACUUCCCCGACGGCCCUCCUUGACAUGCCGACCAGCAGAUGACUGAAACUGGGGUGGCCGCGGAGGAGGCUGAGGCACGCAACUCGCCGCCGACUCAUGUGACUUACGCGACCGCACUGGACAGUCAACAGCCAUCAACAUCGCCACCACGCCGCUCGCCAACGCUGCCUCCUGAAGGCGCCUCGUUUGAAAGAAGGUUGGCCGCUGAAUGUCAAGGAAAUGAGGAAAAUAACCCAAGUGUAUCCUGUUACAUCAGCAGGCAGUGAUUCCAGCUGAAGGUACCGAACUGGGAAGCAAUUAUGUUUGUUUCUGACUACCCCUGGCCGAGGGACGUCGGGGGCCCGCUGCUAAAGGGCCACGGCAACAUCAGCGUGGAUCCUCGCAUCGCCCAGACGAGGUUCGUGGCCUACGGGGUCAUCGCGCCAGUCAUCAUCAUCGUCGGGAUGGUGGGCAACAUCCUGACGAUCCUGUUGCUGAGGAAGCCGCAGUUCAGAGGUGUGACCUACACGUACUUCCUGGCCCUGGCCGUCAGCGAUCUGCUGUCCCUCUUCUUCUCCAUCUCCCUCAUGGUCCACCUCGUGCAGGUGGCGGCGCGUGCGUACUCAACGGCCGUGUGGUACUCCUACUUCGAGUUGCUCUUCGUCAACGCCCCCAUGAGCGCGUCCGUGCUGAUCGUCGUCUGCGUGACCGUGGACCGCUUCUUCUCCGUGUGCCGCCCACAGGACUUCAAGAGCAUCCACACGAUGCGCCACGCCAGGAAGGGCAUCGCCGGCGCCGUCGUCGUGGCCUUCCUCAUGUGGCUGCCCACGUGCACGAUCAAGCACCCCACUGAGCAUGAUGCGUGCAACACCACGUUCUUCGAGCCGCCCGACAACGGCACGUGGUGGGUGGCGUGCAUGAUGCCCUCGCUCGACCAACCCUGGUACGUGGGCUACCUCUGGACCAGGCAGACCGUCGUGUCCUUCUUGCCCAUCAUCGCCUUGGUGGUGAUGAACGUCCUCAUCGUGAAGGAGUACGUCCAGAUCAGGAACCGACGGCGCCAACUGGACGGCGACUCGUCCAGGGAUCCGGCGGUCGACGAAGGAAGGCGGAAGGACGACAAGAACCUGAUCAACCUUCUGCGAGCCGUUAUAAUCUCAUUCUUCGUGACGCUGGUGCCUUCGGGCGUCUUUAAUUCCAUGUACAGCGAAACGCUCUCGACGGAGCUGGAGUACGAGAUCUUCCGGGCCUUCGCGAACGACCUUGAGCUCGUGAACCACGCGCUCAACUUCUACUUGUACAUCGUCUGCAGCAAGCCCAUUCGGGCGGCCAUCCGGGAACACUUCCAGGUCUACCGCCGCUCGUGGGAGGAGUCGCACGUGUCGAAGGCGCUGGUUCUGCUUACAAGCGACAGAUCCGGAAUCUUCUCGCCCACGUCGGCAACUCACGCCGACGUGGGGCGAGAUGAUGAUGCGGAGGCCAAACGGAGCAAAGAGACGACCUUGUCCAAAGGGACUGGGCCGAGCGACUCCGAGUCGUCGUCGGAAGCCUCUCAGUGCGACGACUCUCCCGUAAAUGAGAUAGUGCCCGCGAACCUUGAAGACGACACGCGAACAGGUCCAGAGCGCCGGCAGCACAGCGAGGCAGGACCAGUGGCCGAGGACCGCUGCGAAGCUCCGGUAAUUUAUCAACGAAACGGCAGCAUCCCCAGAAGGCGAAGUCAUUUCCAGACAGUCGUUCACACAGUCGAGAUACAUCACGAGCGGGAGAGCUCGUCGCCGCAGUUUCAGUCAGGAGUCGCCGUUGGCCAGGUCAACGCUGCAUUCGAGGACAGCGAUACACCGUCGACAGCAAGCAGCAACAGCACCCUCAGCGAUGCGCCUGUUGUUGCAAGUGCUUGCGAAGCGCCAGUGAGGAACGGCGAGGCGCUCCCCGUCAGGACUUUCCCGGAAGUGUUGAUAUGAUAGCUUAAUACGAAAUUAUUUUGUAAUCUGAACUGACUUCUUAAGUGAGUUCACAUGGUUCUUGGCCUCGCUCCUGGCUGAGUGCAGGUAUACUGUAGCUCUCACCUUUAGAGCUCACCUCUGAAUAUAUAAUCAGUGUUGUGCUGUGAUCUAAUCUCCACACCUCGCAAUGAUUUUCUUCGUCUAAUACACAACAGUGAGACUGGGAACAAUGUAGUUAAUCAAAGAAAUGUGAUAGGACCAAAGGCUUAUUACUACUCACUAGUGUAAAUCACAUCAGUUUCAUCCUUAAUGACGCUUUAUUUAUUGAACUUAAACGUAAUAUCAAGUGAGAAUACGAGAACGUAAAACGAGUGGCCGGACUUAUAUGAUAAAUAACUUUACAAAUAACAGCAAUACACGGGAAAAAAAACUGUUAUCUAGGUAUAUAUGUAUAUUUACGGUAAAAAAUAGUAGAUCAAUAUAGUAAUCUUUUAGACCAUU